AUGUACAACGAAGACCUUUCGCCACCGACGAUGACCGAUCGAGCGAGACGGAUCUGCGACGAACUCGGAGUCUGCAGAGAAGAAGCAAUCUUCUACCUCGAAGCAUUCGCUUGGAACUUGGAUGCAGCGAUGGAGGCUUGCCGCAGCAAAACCUUGGACUUGCCGUCUCUCACGGAGAAAGAGAAAGCCUCUUCGCCGGAGGUUCCAUCGAGAAACGAACUUAUCGUGAAAUUCUACAAUCUCGCUGUCGGAUCGGAUACACGUGAUGCGACGUCGUAUCUCGAGCGCAACGAUUGGGAUUUGCAGCGAGCCGUGUCGCAGUUCUUCGACGAGCGCUUUCCAACGGCUUCUCAGAGGAAGAUGAAUCGGAAGCUUAGGCGAUUGGAGUCGAUGCGGUUUUUAGAUUAUGAUUUUGCUGAGUAUGCGUCUCUUUCGUGUCUCUACAGUGAAGAACAAGUAGUCCCUAAAGCUAUACCUCCAUUGGUGUCAUCUCACCUGAAGAUUCAAGAAAAUACAAGUCUUGUUCAAGAUAAGGAGGAAAAGCUUUCGCCUGUCAAUGAAUCUGCUGAGGGGACGUCGUCAAGUAUGAGUUCGAGUCAGCUGACGAAUACGUCUGAAGAGAAAUUGUCUCAGUGGAAAGAGGAAAGUAUCAAAUCAUUCUUCAAAGUGGCUAUUGGAGCGUCUCGAGAAGCUGCGAUCGCUUGCCUCAGUCACUGCAAGUGGAAUCAAGACGAUGCCAUCAGUUAUUUCUUUGGAGAUUACACAGAAGCUGUUCAAGAAAGUACAAGCCCCGUUAAGGAAUCUGCUGAGGCGCUGGCGUCAAGUAUGAGUGUGAUUAAGCUGACGGAUUCGCCUGACGAGCAACUGUCACGGUUGAAAAAGGAGCUUGUCAAAUCAUUCCGUGAUGUGGUUAUUGUAGCGUCUCGAAAAGCCGCAGAAGCUUGCCUCAGUCACUGCAAGUGGAAUCACGAAGACGCCGUCAGUUAUUUCUUUGGAGAAUACAUUCUAGCUAAUCCUGAAAUUGCGAAGUCUCAGGGAGUUGGUAAGGCUGUUGACGAAGAUUCAAGCACAGAGUCACUCGAAAAAGCUGGUGGAGGAUAUUUCCCUGAAGCUAAAGCUCAUGUGAAGAUUCAGGAAAUUUCAAGUCCUACACAAACUAGGGAAGAUUCACGUACGAGUUCGAAUCAGCUGCAGAAUUUUCCGGAGCAACCGUCUCAAUGGAAAGAGGACCUCAUCGAUUUACUCGUCCUGGCGGCUGAUGGAGUAGUUAAUCGAGACGUUGCAACCGUUUACCUUACACUCAGCAAUUGGAAUGUAGACGAAGCCUAUUCCUAUCUCAUGGAAGAGGAAAAAUCAACUAGUUCGAGUAAUGCUGGCCCGACCGAAACAGGAAAUGUCACCGUAGCUGUCCCAGAAGAUGCAACGUCUCAAGUGGAUGACAAUGUAAAGGAUAAGGAUGUUGAAGAAGGGUUAUCAUCUGUUCCCAUUACUACUACUACUACAAUAGAACUAAAAAUCAAUUUGGCCAUUGGUGAAUCUGGGACACCGGUAUGGAUCCUUUUUAGAUCAGACCAAACCGUCAGAGACAUCCGCAAAAGGAUUGCUUGGUUUAGACCAGAAGACGAGAGAGAGUACUACUUAAAGUCUGAUACUGGAGUAGAGUACAGGGACUUGGAUACAACAGUGCACAGCAUUACUUCUGGUUCACGUGGCUCUACAACUCUCCACCAGACGUACUCCACUUAG